CAAAGCCAUGCUCUUGCUAAAGAAGAAGCGUUACCAAGAGCAACUUCUAGAUAAAACGGAAAACCAAAUCAGCAACUUGGAGCGGAUGGUCCAGGAUAUUGAAUUCACCCAGAUUGAAAUGAAGGUCAUUGAGGGCCUGAAAAUAGGCAAUGAGUGUCUGAACAAAAUGCACCAGGUUAUGUCAAUAGAAGAGGUAGAAAGAAUAAUAGGUGAAACCCAAGAUGCUGUGGAGUACCAGAGGCAAAUAGAUGAGCUACUGGCUGGCAGCCUGACUGAGGAAGAUGAAGAUGCCAUUCUAGAAGAAUUAAACGCAAUUACUCAGGAACAGAUGGAGCUUCCAGAAGUUCCUUCUGAGCCACUCCCAGAAAAGAUCCCAGAAGUGUCACCCGUCAAGAACAGGCCAAAACCAGAACUGGUGGCAGCAUCUUAACUCCCACUUCUGGGGAUUCCCCCACAUAACUUUCACCCAGGACAGUUUGCCAUCCCAGCACGUGCUGGGAACAGGCGAUGCCUUGGCAGCAUCCCAGCUGUGCUGGGCGGAUUGUGGAGCAGGAUUCCCUGUGCAGGGUGGGGAACCUCAGCUGAUUAUUGCUCUUGUAUCAAGAUUAUUUUCUAGUGCUUUCUUUUUUUGUAACUUAAAUUCUGAACUCACUCAGCUGUGCUGUCUCGGGAUUAAACAACUCCUCUAAAACUUCCGAAGCCAAA